GGGUCUGGGGCUGCACAAUACAAGGCAAACAUGGAUAUUGUUUGUAAGUAGUGGUAGAAAAUAAAAUGAGAUAUGAAUGAAAACAUGGGGUCCAUUGGACUCCUUUUCGCCUGGAGUGAAAUGUGUUCUGACCUUAUGACAUGCACUUGAGCAUGCGGUGAUUACUUGUUUGCGUCAGCCUGUGCAAACAGAUGACAGUGUGGGGCAGUAUAUAAGCGGCUUGCAUUGCUGCCAGGAGCACAGUCACUGCUGGGUGCUGAGCACUGUCUUCUCCUGACUGAUCUGGAAAAGCAGAUACUCACUGAAAGCUAUGUACAGUGGAAUAUGCAUCUGCGUAUUACUUGCUGUGCUGUCUACAAGCUCAACAGGGCAGCAAACUAUGGGUUCUAUGAACGAAGACCCAGGGGCCCGAGAAAUAGAACAGCAGAACCUAUUGCAGCACCCCCGACAUAUACGUGCCUCUUCUUCUGGCCAGUUAAAGACCUUCCAACGCAUUGAUGGUAAUGGAGACCAAAAGGCAAACUUUGGUGCAAUGCUGGCUAAAUACCUGCAGAGCAGGAAAGGAUCUUCUACUGGACGGUAUGCAGUUCUACCAAACAGACCCGCCAUCAUUGACCCCACCCAUCGGAUAAAUGACCGAGAUUACAUGGGAUGGAUGGAUUUUGGCCGUCGUAGUGCUGAAGAAUACGAAUAUUCUUCUUAAAAUACUCAACCCUUUAAAAACAUACUCCAGUUUCUGUACAGAUUAAAUAAAUGAAUUCAUUGUCUUUACAAA